CCGAGUUUGAGAAGCCUCGGAGCUUCCAACGCGCGCGGCCUCUUGCGCGAAGCCCAAAAAGGGGGCCUCUUUGGUUUCAGCACCGACCUGAACAACGCUGCCCGAGCUUGACACAGACCACCACUUUAAUUCAACCCAACGACUCAACUCCCCCUCUCGUCGCGACUUCCGCCACAAACCUCUCGUUUCCAAUUAGCCUACCUGCUUGUGUAGUCUAGGACCUCUGUGAGGCGCUUGCUUCACAAUCGCAACAAUGAGCGCGGUCAAGAACCUUCGGGCUAUGUUCGAGCAGAAGGGGGACACCAGCCCCCCGGACAGAGGCAGGUCGCCUGGCAUUCCUCCACACGGCCCCGCCAGCGAGUCGCCCAGACCCCUUUCGAAGAUCCGAACGAGCUUCGUGGCAAUUGAAAAAGAGGGCAGGAUGGGCAUCCAGCGCGAAGGUAGUCAAGACUCAAUCUCGGCACUCCGGAAGAACAGCGGCGACAGCAACGUGACAACACCAACGACCGGGAUGGAGAGAUCAAAUCCCUUUGACGCCUUGGCUAAGUCGCCUGGCAAGUUGGGUCUCCAGACCCAGUCUCUCUUCGGGUCACCACGAGCGAAUUCUGGCGCGCAAGAUGUGGCGCGCCCGGCUGAAGCAACAAAGGUUGUGAAGUCCGAGCCUUUGCCCGCUGCGCUAGCGGAACCGAAGACGGGGCAGAAGACGGAGCCAAAGCAGGAGCCAAAGCCAGAGCCGAAGGUAGAGGCGAAACCGGAGCCAAAGCCAGAGCCAAAGGUCGAGGCGAAACCAGAGCCAAAACCAGAGCCAAAGCCAGAGCCAAAGGUAGAGGCGAAGCUAGAGCUGAAGCCGGAGCUGAAGAUAGAACCAAAGACGGAGACAGAGGCAGAGCCGAAGGCAGAGCCAAAAACACCAGAGGCGAACGCGUCCGAAGGCGAGGCCUCGCUUGCCAGUGCUACGACACCGCAAGUGGGAACUCUGAAUGGAGGAGCAAGCGGGAAAGAGCCGCAAAAGAAGGCAGCGAAGGAAACCACCAAGCCCGCCACGCGCACAACGAAGCCAACGCCAAAGCCUCUUGCCGUCGCGCCAGCAAGCAAGCCGGUCGCGAAGCCAGAGAAGUCACCCAGAGGUCCAAGGACCCCUGCCGCAACAUCUACCCACCACCCCGUUGUCAAGCGAACACCCGAAAAGAAGCUUCAAGCGUCUGAGAAGCCGGUCACACCUCGCGCAACCCCAACUUCGAGGUCUGCUGGUCCUUCAUCGAUCAAGAGACCACCGCCGCUUCAGUCGUCUCCGGCGAGUACCGGCUUCGUCAAGCCGAAGGUUAAGUCGCCGACUCGCCCCAUCAAGCUUCCCCCAGGCUUGACUACGCACACCGCCUCAUCUGGCUCCAAAGUCAAUGCCUCGCGCCAGUCCCUGUCUCGUGCGAGCAGCAUCCCACCCAGCGAAUCCCGCGGACGCCCGGCCAGCCGAACGAGCGCAUCCACCACUGGCAGCGGAUCCAACAAGGCAGUGCCGGUAAGGGGCCUGAGGCGGCAGAGCUCGACCAUCGACCGGUCUCGGCCAAGCCUGGGCCCGCCCCCGAAGCAGCCUGCGAAAGAUCAUCCGCCGAUGAAGAGGGAGAAGGAGGUCGACCAAGGGUUCCUCGCGCGCAUGAUGCGCCCCACGGCAUCAUCGGCGUCGAAGACCACCACCAAGGUGCCCACGAGUCCGCCGCGGAGAACUGCCGCCGCGUCCAAGAAGACAACGCCAGUCAAGUCUGCGAAGAAGGCUGUUUCCAGGCCCACACCGACUGCCUCAUCCUCGACCGUCAACCAGGUCGCAACCGAAGCCGAACACGCCACGGCAGCUGGUGAGGUGAUUGGCGGUGAGCUUGGCCAGACGAGCCCUGCCCAAGAGGUGGCACCUGUAGCGGAGCAGAGUGAAACCGUGGAGCAAGUUGUUGCCGCUGCCGCCGAGGCCGGGGACGAAGCUGCUGUAGCUCAGACUCCCUAGGCAGUUGUCGCUGAUGUUGGCAGACCAGAAGCUACCAUUGCAGAGGACAAGGGAGACGCCGAGACAGCAGUUCCAGAGGCGUAAGUAUUAUACCAAGAAUUCUUUUGAGCCGCCAGUGGCAGGCGUUUUUUUUUUCUCUUUUUUUUGUGCAGCGGUUCUGUAUAUCUUUUAAUCUCUCCUCUUCCUGUCCGCUUCGUUUGGGGGCGCAUAGCGUUUGUUGAGCAAGAGAUACGUAUUUCAUGAUACCUGGUGGGAAAAGAAACGGGGUUUGUAAGCGGGGGUUGGCGAUGGAGCAUGUAAGGUAGAAUAGCUGGCCACCAGGCAGGCGUUAGGGAAUGCAAUCUUUGUUUAGGAUUAAUGACCGGGACG